AUGCUCAGCGUCCCAGAACCUACACCGCUAACAUGGGGCAACGCAGCAAGGGCACACCUCUACUUCCUACCCUACUUCUUUCUGGCGUAUCUAACUCGCAGACCCAGAACCUUCAUAUUGAGGCUAUGUCUUCUACCGCUGGUCGUACUGUUGAUCACCCAUUGCACCAUGCAGUACCGGAUCGAGAACCCCAUAUACGGCUGGUAUAACUGGGGGAGAGGGCUCGCUGGCUGUCUCACAAUUGCGAGGGCCAUCCACUUGGCAGUGGUACCAGCGGGCACACUUAAAAUCGGCGAACAAAGUCUUCACGACAGACGCUUCCCGCCUCACAGCGACAACGCUGUAACCUCCCCUUCAGCCUUGCGGAAAUACCUCCCACCUUGCAUAUACGACGCGCUCGAAGUCGGCCUCACCGUCCGCGGUCUGGGAUGGCAAUUCGCUGAAGGCGCCUAUUACCGCGCCCUCGUCGCUCUCCUUCGGACCUUCUUCUUUGCGGACCUCUGCGACUCGUUCAUCGAACUUCUGCCAGGCGUCACAAUAGACGGCGGUUCCAUCUUUCUCCCCAUGCUCCCUCCCGUCCCUCGAUACCUCUUGUCUACCGCAAUCCAAUUCAUCGUCGGUAUCUUCAUCAUCCUCACCCUCGAAAUGGUAUACGACAUCUUCUCCUUGAUUGGCGUCGGCCUCCUCAACCAGCCGCCCGCCCUGUGGCCCCCCGUACACGACAAGCCCUGGCACAUGUCUUCGCUCCACGAAUUCUGGUCCAAGCCCUGGCACCAGAUCUUGCGGAGUGUCUUCCUCGUCAUGGGUGGAUAUCCGGGACGCUGGAUUGCGGGGGACGUGGGCAUGCUCUUCGGCACGUUUCUCGCGUCCGGCUUGUACCACGAAGUCAGUCUCUGCAUGGGUGGGGCGCCGUUCGAUAUGAGGGUGCUUGUGUUCUUCGUGGCACAAGCGUUCGGGAUACUCGUAGAGAAGGUCUUCAGGCGCAUUACGGGCAAGAGGGUGGGCGGGUGGACGGGAUGGCUAUGGGGCGCAAUAUUCCUCUUGGGCAUUGGACAGCUCUGCACGGACGCCUGGGUCGCGCGAGGCGGAGGCGGCCGUCCUAUGUGGCCCCCAGCUUGGAGCCCGGCGAGGCGGUUGCUCAUCCCUGCUCUGCGCAGUAUCGCCGCGGGGCUCUGA